GACUUCGUGUUUGGACGUACCGGAUUCGUGUUCUCUGUCUGAAAUUCUACCGGAUUUUCGAUAUAUUGAAGUUAUGAUAGUGGAAUAUAGUGACAGUGGUCUAGUGUGAUAUAAACGUGUACAUUUAAUGAGACGAAAUAUGGAAUGCGUGUGCGGUGAAUUGGUUUUUUAAAAGUCCACGGAACUACCGAUGGCAGUCGGCCGAUGUAAACAUAAAGCCGAAAUGAGAUGAGUAUGCGUGUGGCGUGGGCCAGAUGGUACUGGAUUGUUAUAUUCACGACUUGCGCUGCGAGGACUGCCAGCGACUGGCUCGAUUGCGCCCACAUCGCUACCUGCCGCUGCAAAUGGUCCUCGGGUAAGAAGACAGCUUCAUGUGCCUCCAGUGACCUACGCCGCCCGCCGUCUCUCUCAUCAGACAUCCAAGUUCUCGAUCUUCACGACAACCCGCUAAGAAAUCUCCCUCAGGAAGUUUUCGCUAAUAUAGGCCUGUUAAAUUUACAAAGAUUGAAUUUGAAAGCGACUAAAUUGAGAUCGAUUCAUGCUGAUGCAUUUUUAGAGUUAAGAAUUUUAAUCGAAGUCGAUUUAGCCGAUAACGACCUGUCAAGCAUACCGAGAGAUAUAUUUAGAGGCAACGAAAGACUGCGCUUAGUUGUACUGAGCAACAAUCCUUUGACAACACUAAUUGCAGACCAAUUUCCAUCAUUACCACACCUACGGAUGCUUCUAUUAGAUGGAUGCAGAUUAAGAUCUUUGCAUACAAAUUCGUUGAGGAAUCUGAAAUCAUUAGAGACAAUAGACUUGUGUAGAAAUCAGUUAACAUUCCUUCGUUUAAGUACGUUCUCAUUGCCCGCUUUGAAGACAAUAUCACUAUCUGGAAAUCCAUGGGGUUGCGAUUGUCGUCUUCGUGAGUUUAAGGACUGGUUUUUAGAUAGUAAAUUGGGUACAGAGGAGUUAGUGUGCGUAGAACCAUCAACACAAGCGGGUAAUAAGUGGCGCAACGUACCUAGUGAAAGUAUGGCCUGCGCGCCAGAAGUGCGUUCAAGUACAUUAGUGGUAAGAGCUGAAGUUGGUGCACCUACUUCCUUUGGUUGUUGGGUGCACGGUGUUCCAAAACCACGAAUUACAUGGUUAUUCGAUGGAGUGGAUGUUCAUAAUGGUACUGUUGAUAUCGAUAUGGAAGAAUCGGAGACUAGUAUAGACGAUGAUAGUUCUGAAGUAAGAGUACCUGGUAGUGUAAGAUGGGUUAAUAUUACUCUUUUAAAUGUGACAUCUAGCGCUGCAGGCGAGUGGACGUGUGUAGCUAAAAGUAUAGCAGGCGAAGCAAGAGCCAUUAUAAGUCUAGUUUUACCAAGAUCUCAAACCGCGACUGCCCGUACUGCUCCAGGUAUUCCACAGCUUUUAGGAGUUGUAUUUGGCGCCUUAGGUGUUUUAGCCAGCCUUGGUUUUAUUGCCGCUGUUGCUUGUUGGCAUUUAAGAAGACGAACUGUACCACCGAGUCGAAGCUUUACUGACCAAGAAAAAAGACUCAUCGACGCAUCAGUAGUUGUUAGCUGCGAUCGUUCUAUUGGAGAUAUGGCAUCACCAUGUGAUUUCGAGUUAACUGAAAGAUCAUUAUCAAUUGAUGAUAAUCAAUCUAGGGGAUGUGGAUUUGAUCCUGUUCAUAUAACUAUAGAAGGUACUCCGGGGGCUUUUCCUCCACCACCAGCGGAAUUUGCAGUACCAGUUCCUUAUGGCAAUAUAUUCAUAUCGGUGCAAGUGGCAGGGAGAGGAGAACCUGGGAAAUAUCCAGAUUUACUAAGUGGUGGAGCUACUUUACCCAGGCGGAGUAGAACAUGCUGUGCUGCACCUGCUUAUGAUAACAUGGGUCCCAGAGUUACAGCAACCGGGAGUUCGACCUGGUCAUUGCCAGGCGCUAAUUCAGAUAAUGCUGAUCAAUCGGAGACGCCUGUCUUAACAUUACCACCUCCACCUCCAGAGUUUGUCUCCCUUUAGCCUAGGCCAUUGGUACUAGACGCCUCCAAUCUGAGGUGACCUGGUACCUAGGACAUUUCGAGUCAAUUAGACUAUCCCCAAUUUUAUUGUAUUUAAUGCAAUUUUGACGUGAUUAUUCAUUUGUAAAUAGUUUAGAGUGCUAAGUGCGGACGAUGUGUGACAUCCUGUGAGAUAUACGUAAGGUUGUUAUCAAUAUAAUAUAAAUUGUAUAAUAAACCCUUUAUGAAACUUGUUAAUAUGUUGGGAUGAUUGAAGUAAAGAUGCGAUAUCUUCAAAGAGAUCAGAAUGCGUUUCAAGUUGAAUACCGUUUCAUUACACGACAUCGCUUGCAAUCUUUGAACCGUUCAGACGAGAGCACGGUGACUUAUAUCGCAUUCCUCUUUGAAUAUUACAGCUACUUUUUCACUUUAUUUGUCUUUAGAUAUUCCUUUAAGUCUUACGCGUAUGUGUCUUCCCAACUUUUGUAAAUAUCGUUUAUUCGUAUUAUACAAACUUCCCAAACAUAAGACUGACCCUUUUGUCUUGUUUUCGUCUCUCUUUGUGACUUAACGAAAGUGUAUAUACACUCCUCUUAGACAAGAUAGCUUCUAAAUAUUUACUUUGAAAGCAAAUAUCUAAUGUAAAUGAAA